UCCUCCUAGCGUGGGCAAGGCGCGGGCAGCCGGCGUCAGCCGCGGGGGUUUCUGCUGCUGAGCUGAUUAGCGUAUGAUGGACGUGGCCAGUUGGAAGGAGAUGGAGGUGGCACUAGUCAGUUUUGACAACGCUGAUCAGAUCGUGGAGGAUCCCUGCUACUCCAACGACCUCAGCCCCGCCGGGCAGUCGCGCAAGGGCCACCCCAGCUGCGCCAACCUGCUGUCCAACCUGCGCAUCCUCAUCAACAGCGAGAACGCCAACAAUGAGACCAUCUUCUCCAGGUUCUCCGCCGAGUUCAGCGACCACCUGGUGGGGGAGAGGGUGGGCAUGGAUGAGGGGGACCAACGAGUCAUCAUCAACAUCGCUGGGCUGAGGUUUGAGACACGGCUCAAGACCCUGGACCAGUUCCCCGAGACCUUGCUUGGGGACCCGGAAAAGAGGAUGCGUUACUUCGACUCCAUGAGGAAUGAAUAUUUCUUUGACAGGAACAGGCCCAGUUUUGAUGGGAUCCUGUACUAUUACCAGUCUGGGGGGAAAAUACGGCGCCCGGCCAAUGUCCCCAUCGACGUCUUUGCUGAUGAAAUCACCUUCUAUGAGCUGGGUGAUGAAGCCAUGGACCAGUUCCGGGAGGAUGAAGGGUUCAUCAAGGAUCCUGAGACCCUCUUACCAACCAAUGACUUUCACAGGCAGUUCUGGCUGCUCUUCGAGUACCCUGAGAGCUCCAGUGCAGCCAGAGGCGUAGCUUUGGUCUCUGUCCUGGUCAUUGUCAUCUCCAUCAUCAUCUUCUGCAUGGAGACCCUGCCGGAGUUCCGGGAGGAGAGGGAGUUUAGAUCCACCCAGGAGCUUUCUAAGAAUGUGACAGACACCUUGCUGUCGCACAGCACCUUCACGGACCCUUUCUUCGUCAUAGAGACUGCCUGCAUCGUCUGGUUCUCCUUUGAGCUCUUCGUCCGGUUCAUCGUGUGCCCCAGCAAGACCGAGUUCUUCAGGAACAUCAUGAACAUCAUCGACAUCGUGUCCAUCAUCCCCUACUUCGUGACGCUCACCACCGAGCUGAUCCAGCAGAGCGAACUCAACGGGCAGCAGAACAUGUCCCUGGCCAUCCUGCGCAUCAUCCGCCUUGUCAGGGUCUUCCGCAUCUUCAAGCUCUCCCGGCACUCCAAGGGGCUGCAGAUCCUGGGGCAGACCCUCAAGGCCAGCAUGAGGGAGCUGGGCUUGCUCAUCUUCUUCCUCUUCAUCGGCGUCAUCCUCUUCUCCAGCGCCGUUUACUUUGCGGAAGUCGAUGAGCCGCAGUCCCAUUUCUCCAGCAUCCCUGACGGCUUCUGGUGGGCCGUGGUCACCAUGACCACCGUGGGCUACGGGGACAUGUGUCCCACCACGCUGGGCGGGAAGAUCGUGGGGACCCUGUGCGCCAUCGCGGGGGUGCUGACCAUCGCCCUGCCUGUGCCCGUCAUCGUCUCCAAUUUCAAUUAUUUCUACCACCGGGAGACGGAGAACGAGGAGAAGCAGAUGCUGCCCGGGGAGGUGGAGCGGCUGCUGGCCAGCGUGGCCACGGGCAACGGCAGCAUGGAGUCACUCAAUAAGACCAAUGGGGGUUACCCUCGAGACAAGGCCAAAAAAUGA